AUGGCCCCUCCAUACACAGUUGCCCCCCAUCUGGAAUAUCUCAAUGUACCCCUGGCCGAGCUUAGCGCCAGUCGACCCGAAUUCGAAAGUUUCGGUGUCGGCGGGUACAUCUUCGCCGAGCCCCCAUCUACCAAUGCCAAUUCCAGCCCGCGCAUUCUGCUGAUCCAGCGCGCCUUGACUGACACAAUGGGCGGCUGUUGGGAAGGCCCCGGUGGUGCCAGUGAGCCCGAUAUCGACCAGACUCUGCUAGACGGCGUGGUGCGCGAGGUCCUGGAAGAAACAGGACUCAAUGUGUCGCGCAUUGUGGAUCUUGUGGCCGUCGACAGUUGGCAACAUCUACGCCGAAACGGUGAUAUGCUGCGUAUCGCCAAAUACUCCUUCAUCGUCGAUGUCUACGAGGCCACAGGGCCCUAUGAUGAGAUCCCCGUUCGCCUGGAACCGACCGAGCACCAGGCCUUUGACUGGGCGUUGGAAGAGGAGGUGCGAGAAGUCAUGCAGUCCAAUACAGGCAAAUUCCAACUGCCGUUAGCUGCGAAUUGGAAUCAUGGACCGAAUCUUGUGCGGGCCUUUGCUUGGUUUCGAAAGCAGCAAGCCGGGUCUACGAAGGAAUCUCUAUAA